AUGUCCAGCCAACCUCUCCUCCAAACCGCUCCGGGCAAGCGUAUCGCCCUCCCCACCCGCGUCGAGCCAAAGGUCUUCUUCGCCAACGAGCGUACCUUUCUCUCAUGGCUCAACUUUACCGUCAUCCUGGGCGGUUUGGCCGUCGGCCUGCUCAACUUCGGUGACCGCAUCGGUCGCAUUUCCGCCGCCCUCUUCACCAUCAUCGCCAUGGCUGCCAUGAUCUAUGCCCUGGUUACCUUCCACUGGCGCGCACAAAGUAUUCGGCGCCGCGGGCAGAGCGGCUUCGACGAUCGUUUUGGUCCGACCAUCCUGGCCAUUGCCCUGCUGGCAGCCGUCGUCGUCAACUUUAUUCUGCGCAUGCAGGAUAACGAGUUGAACUAA